AUGACAUCUCCGGGUCUCAACAGUGAUCACCGUCCUAACGAUGUCUCGACACGAGCUGAUGAAAGUGCUGCAACAAGGCCGGCGAAGAGGAAUAGAGCAACAAUUGCAUGUACAAACUGCCGACAGCGAAAAUCACGUUGUGAUGGAUUGCGACCAAAAUGUUCUGUUUGCAAAGAUUACAGCCUUGAAUGCGCAUAUUCUACUACGGGAGUUCUAACCAAGAAUUCUAUUUCCAAAGGACUUAUAGAAGCACUCGAGGCGAGGCUCAUACGUCUUGAAAAUGGUUUUACAGGAAUGUCUACCAGAGUAAGCAAAAUCGAAGAUGUGCAGAACAAGGGGACUGCAUGUGGGUCUUCUCUGUCGCAUCCAUCUGGGAUCCCUAGUGAUGUAUCACUUCCGCAGGAGGAAGAAAGUGCAAGAAAUUUAGCUGAUCUUGAAGAUCCGACUGAUGGAAUGGGCUCAAUGAUUUUCACAGAUGAAGAGGACUUGCGAUUUUUUGGGCCAUCCUCCAACAUAGCAUUUACACGUCGCAUCGUUCAAUUGACGAUUGCUAUCUUGAAAAAAGCUGCAUCAAUGGGUAGCCCGAUAUCUCCCGAACAAUACACCAUAACAAGUCACAUCCCGCGUAUAUCUCGGCCCCCAUCCCCGAUACCGAUUCUUACUGGUCAUUUUGAUGCUGCUUCGGUUGGAACAGAGCCAUUCAUUUUGCCACCACAACAAGACACCCUUCACCUUAUAGAGCUUUACUUUCGUUCAACAGGAACCCUUUUUCCAUACAUCGACAAAGAAGGCUUUCUUCAGACAUAUCGGCAGCUUGUUUCGACAAACAUUGUUUCAGUGCGGAGGUCAUGGCUUGGCUUGCUUAACGUAGUACUUGCAAUGGCAACAAACGCCAACACAGAUUAUGACGCAACACUAUCUGCGCAAGAGCGUACAUACAGGUCAAAUAUCUACUUUCGCCGCGCUUCAGAUCUCUGUGAUCGACAAAUACGACAUGGUACAAGUGUUGAGAUUGUCCAACUCCUGCUGUUGAUGAGCCAGUACCUCCAAGGUUCCGAACGUUCAGUUGAGACGUGGAACAUACACGGUCUUGCUGUGAAGGCAGCUUAUCAAUUAGGUUUGCACUCUUCGGAUGCUCUCCAGCAGUAUCCACCUCGAGAACGUGAGUUCCGCAAAAGAACUUGGUAUGGAACACUAAGUAUGACGAUGGGACGGCCCAUUUCUAUCCCAGAGCACUUUGUCAAAAUUGAACUUCCACAGAUCCUUGAGGACUCGGCGCCAGAAGAUGAAGGGAGCGUUCAGUUCUUUACAGCGACUAUAACGCUUUACCGAAUAAUGACAGAUGUCCUUGACGUUCUAUACGGAAGCAAUCUAGGAUGUGAAGAUCAUACUGAUGUUUUCGAGGCCGCCUCCUACCUUCUAAGAUGCGAGCAAAAAUUCUUCUCUUGGCAGCGUGACCUGCCAAAGCAAAUAUCGUUGAUACGACUAGAGGAUCUGGAGCAGGAAGCAAACGAUUUCAGGGUCAUGAGUCUGCGUAUCAUAUUGACACUAAGAUUUCUCAAUUUGCGCAUACUUGCACACCGACCAAUACUCUGUAUGUAUUUGGAGAGUCUGGGAGCAUCUCAGAUAGAUCCUUUGCAGUUAGCUACGUUGCGUCAGGUCGGAGCCAAUAGUGUCCAGCUUUGUGUUCAGUCGGCAACCAACAUUGUUAAAAUAACGAGCUGGGCAUUGAAACACAACAGUCCCCACCGAAAUCUCCUUGGGGCGUGGUGGUUUUCACUCUAUUACACUUUUAACGCAUCACUUGUGUUAUAUUCCGCAUUAAUCAUCCAGCACCAAACAAAGCUAUGGGACCAGCCAAUGGCUAUGGAAGAGUUGCAUCUGUCCAUAGAAUCUCUUCAUGGAGCAACAGAAUGCUUAUCCCUGAUUUUCAAAGGAAAUAGAAUGGCAGAAAAAUGUGUUCGAUAUACUUCUGCACUUUCAAACUGGUUAUCAGUGAUGUACAUGUCAGAAAACCAUUCUGCUAUCGGAAUACCCAACUUGCUAAAUACUUCAUCCGAAAGAUUUGCCAUGCAAGGCGAUUCUGAUGAUAGUGCGCAGUCGCACGAACAUUUGCAUUUUUAUGACUCCACCGACUUACACUUGGGACUUGACUCGGGCGAGCUCCUAAACCCGUCUGAUUUUAGCUUCCUUUGUAAAUAUUCAGAGCCGAAUGUUUUAUAG